GCACCGUACAACAAAUAUACAUCAAAGACAACAAGGUACCUGUGAAGGGGGCUGAUAUACAAAUUAUAUGUGAGAUAUCACAAUUUACUAGUGGUGAUCUUGUGAGGGUCUAUAAGACAGCCUCCAUUCCUCCAGCAGAUAUUACUACUGCUCCAUCAUUAGUAGCGUGUAACCCAUCAAUAUGUAUAGGAACUGCUCCAAGACAUACAUUCAGCACUAGCAGCAGUGGUAUUACUAUUACAGUCACUAAUCUCAAUAGAUCAGAAGACCAGAAAUAUUGGACAUGUGCCGUGAACAACCAGAGAAAAUUCAUGCAGCUUACUGUAUACACAAUUACUCCAUCACUACAGUAUGAUAAUCCACCGAGCCAGAAUCAAGACUUAGUUCAAACUUCAGUGACCUUAAGCUGUAGUACAGGAUGUGCAUAUCCUGCACCAAAUUUUAUAUGGUAUUAUAAUAAGACUGGUGGAUCACGUCAAGAAUGGCCAACAACAGCACCUGUCACAGAGAAAACUGGAGAUUGUACUGACUCAGAAAAAAUAUAUACAUCAGCAUUAACUCUAUCAAGAUACACACAGUUUACUGACAAUACAGAUACCACUGUGAAGUUUCAGUGUGGUGCUAUAUCAAUUACUGGUGCAAUAGAUCAACGUUUUACUCCAGCAUCUCUAGAUGUCAGAUUUGCAGUACGUGUUUCAACAGUGACUUUGAAAGAUGAAAGUUCAAUUCCAUCAAAUUCAUUAGAAGUAAACAGUGGGGAACCUCAUACAUUGACGUGUACAUCUAGUGUUAGCAGACCAACAACAACUAUCAUCUGGUAUUUUGGAGGCCAGGAACAAAAAAGAGAAACUACUACAAGUUCAAGCUUUACAUUCACACCAGAAUAUUCUGAUAAUAAGAAACAAGUCUACUGUAAAGCAUUUAAUAUACAGUCUGAAAGCCAAGCUGUGUCUUCAAACCUUGCGUCACUGUAUGUAAAAGUGAAGGUAGCUAAUGUUACACUAAAGGAUGGCAACACUAUAUCAUCAAGAACACUAGAAGUAAUAAAUGGUGUAUCUAAAACAUUGACAUGUACAGCAAGUGAAAGUAGACCAACAGCCACAAUUAUCUGGUAUAUAGGAGAAAACGAUGAGAAGAAAAGGGAGAUUGUCACAGUGUCUACAUUAACAUUUUAUCCAGUUAUCUCCGACCAUAACAAACAAGUUUAUUGUAAGGCUUCACAGUCAGGAAAUCCAGAUGUUUUUUCAAACAGAAUAACUCUUUAUAUUAAAG